GACAAGGUUAGUUUAUCCGAUCUCAUGCGAGUGUAGUGAAAAACCUACCUUCAGGUUUUGUGACUUCUUUACCUCUGUAGCAGUGUUUUACUAUUGUAAGCGAAUUAAAGGUAUUUCGAACAAAAUGUUGCGAAACUGAAUACAUGACAGUAGAGCAGGGAUAAUUUUGUUUUCCAAGAAAUCUAAACGACAUCGGCGAUUAUCAGUAUCUUCAAAUGUGGACUUAAUAGCCACGAUACAAGUUUGUUUAUCCUCAUGGUAUCGUGCAGACGUGUGGAUUUUUAUUUGUAGCGGAUGAAAUGAAAAGUGCCUGGGUCUGUUUCAGUGCUAGGUCUCAUAGAGGGGUGGACACUGAGGAACCUUGUCUACAGAAAUAAUAGAUGCAGCAUGGAGAUUGAAGAUCCGGAUGUAGCCUGAGAUGAAAUGACCCUACUCUUGCUACACGUGAAUGCAAUAUUAUCCCGUAUAAACCGAGUUCCAGAAAGAAUUAAGAAUGUCUGAUAGAGAAUAAAGAGCAGGAAUUCCAAAGCCAUGAAAGCAAACUGGAAUAUUUCCAUGGACUGAAAUAUAAAUAUUACAUUGUUUGGUGAAAUUUCGUGUGAAAUCAUAGACAUCGACAAUGGAACAAUUGGUAAGGAUCCCGUGCAGCAAUUCACUGACCUCUGUGACUCCAUUUUCUAUAGCAGACAUUUUGAUGACUCGCGGUCAGGAAACUCUUGAGAGAGCGCAGGCGCAGGAUCAGGCUCUGGAUAUGACUCGCAAACCGGCCGGCAAGUUACACGAUGAUGCCGUGUCCGACAACGGAAUUCUCUCCGGAGACUCCUCCUCGCCCCCGAGCCUCUUGUUCGCUAGAUCACCGCCUCCUGCCGUUGGACCACAUCAUCUGCAUUUAGGUCAUCACACGCAGCUCGGCAAGCCAAGCUUCUUGUCACCAAACCACCACCAUCAACCGCAACAGCAGCAGCAGAGGAAGAAGCGGUCAAGAGCCGCAUUCUCACACGCCCAGGUAUACGAACUGGAGAGACGGUUCAACCAGCAGCGGUACCUGUCUGGGCCGGAACGCGCCGACUUGGCGCACGCUUUAAAAUUAACAGAGACACAAGUGAAAAUUUGGUUCCAAAACCGGAGAUACAAAACGAAGCGAAAACAGUUACAAUUACAGGAACAGAGUACGACUGCAACAGUGCUGACAUCAAGCGGAUCAAAUUCAUCUUCAGCGAAACGAGUUGCUGUGAAAGUUUUGGUAAGGGAUGACCAACCUGUGUUAGCAGGAGGAUUCAGUGCUGGCAACAGCAAGUCUGGUGCACCCUCGUCUAUACUAUACCCACAUACAGGCUCCCUACCCCUCCCAUUUCCUUAUUACUACUACCCUUUACUUUGUGCACCGACUCCGACCGUAGCGCCGCCACCACUUACUGCAUCGCCUACGUCACAACACAGUAACGGCAGCACUAGUGCCCCUCAGUGACGUAAGUGCGAACUACUGUGUUGAAGCUAACACUGGGAACCAUUCUGUUUUAAUAUUUUGUUCUUCUGGAACGUAAUGAUUUCGAAAUAAUGUUUGGAUCAGUUUCCACAAACAAGUCCCGUAGUGAAAAAUGUGAAACUCUUAGAAACAUUCUGAAGCUGUUAGUAAUAGUUCCAUCAUGUUAAGCAUCGAAGCAAUGAAACACUCCUUGUCAGAACAGAAUGAAACGUAUGUCUACAGGGUUUAAAAGGUUAAAUAUAUGCAGCGUUGUCAAAAUAAAUGCUAUAGCCUAUA